GCCGAUGAUUGAAUCGUGGUUCGCAUUGGAGCCCGUGGGUCGCAUUUAUCUGUCGAUGAGCUUCGGUAUGGUCCUGACCGUGUGCGGACUGACGAUCGCGAUGCGAUUAAAUUAUCCGGCGACAAUGCUAACUCUUUUUUCUCGCUCCUAGCCAAACAACUCAAGGACCGCCGUCCGUUCGACAUUGGUCUCAACCGCCAGGGUGCCGUGCGCCAGAAGAAGGAAGAGGUCCACGAGAAGCAGGGUCACAAGUUCGUCACGCAGCAGUUCUACAACAUCAUGCGCUGUGCCCUGUGCGGCGACUUCUUGAAGUAUGCCGCGGGCAUGCAGUGUGCCGACUGCAAAUAUACCUGCCACCGCAAGUGCUAUCCCAAGGUCGUCACCAAAUGUAUCAGCAAGGCGAACUACGAGACCGACCCCGACGAGGAGAAGAUCAAUCACCGCAUCCCCCAUCGCUUCGAGGGCUUUUCCAACCUGUCCGCCAACUGGUGCUGCCACUGUGGUUAUUUGCUGCCGUUCGGGCGUAAGAACGCCAAGCGAUGCACAGAGUGCGCUCUUACUUGCCACGCCCAGUGCACACACUUGGUACCGGACUUCUGCGGCAUGUCGAUGGAAGCAGCCAACCAAAUCUUGGAGACCUUGAUUCGCGCGAAGAAUCACAACAAAUCCACCUCUUCCCCGACAGCCGCACAGAGACAGCAAAUGCCCCCACCGAGGACUUCCUCGGCCAGCCCUGCCGCUGCCGCUGCCGCCGCGGCGACCGGCCUCCGCUCUCCACAGCAAGUAGCAGAACAAAGCCGUCCCGCCCCGCCCCAGCCCCAGCCCCAGACCCCCACGCACGCUCCUUACGACCCUAGUGUGUACGCAUCCUAUCAGCAGCAGCCCAUGUCGCCUCAGGCCAUGCAGAAGGUCGGGAGCCCGUACGGCAUGCCCCAGCAGCAGCAACCGCCCGCGCCCGUCAUGCCGCAGCCGAUGGCGGUGAAAGAAGAGGCGCCGCCGCCGCAGCAAAAGAUCCGGAUCGGACUGGAUCAUUUCAACUUUCUGGCCGUGCUCGGUAAGGGUAAUUUCGGCAAGGUUAUGUUGGCGGAGACCAAGGGCAACAAGAAGCUUUACGCGAUCAAGGUGCUGAAGAAGGAGUUCAUCAUCGAGAACGACGAAGUGGAGAGCACCAAGUCCGAAAAGCGCGUCUUCUUGAUUGCGAACAAGGAGCGUCAUCCUUUCCUCCUCAACCUGCACGCCUGCUUCCAGACCGAAACCCGCGUGUACUUUGUCAUGGAGUACAUCAGCGGUGGUGAUUUGAUGCUUCAUAUUCAGCGCGGCCAGUUUGGCCUGAAGAGAGCACAGUUCUACGCGGCGGAAGUCCUGCUGGCGCUCAAGUAUUUCCACGAGAACGGCGUCAUCUACCGUGAUCUGAAGCUGGACAACAUCCUGCUGACCCUGGAUGGUCACAUCAAGAUUGCGGAUUACGGUCUCUGCAAGGAGAACAUGUGGUACGGAGCCACCACGAGCACGUUCUGUGGUACUCCUGAAUUCAUGGCCCCUGAGAUUCUGUUGGACAAGAAAUACGGUCGUGCGGUUGACUGGUGGGCCUUCGGUGUGCUCAUCUACCAGAUGCUCCUUCAACAGUCCCCCUUCCGCGGUGAAGACGAGGAUGAAAUCUACGACGCUAUUCUGGCGGAUGAGCCCCUGUACCCGAUCCACAUGCCCCGCGAUUCCGUCUCGAUCCUGCAGAAACUGCUCACGCGCGAGCCCGAGUUGCGACUGGGGUCCGGACCCACUGACGCGCAGGAGGUCAUGUCGCAUGCAUUCUUCCGGAACGUCAACUGGGAUGACAUCUACCACAAGCGGGUUCCGCCACCCUUCCUCCCCACCAUCACCAGUCCCACCGAUACCAGCAACUUCGACCAAGAGUUCACCAGUGUUACUCCCGUUCUCACGCCCGUGCAGUCAGGUAAGGAGCCCGUCAUCCCCCCUUCCUAUUCACAGGGUGCUAAUAUCUUUUUUUCCCAUCACAGUCCUGUCCCAGGCGAUGCAAGAAGAGUUCCGCGGCUUCUCCUACACCGCGGACUUUGCCUAAACAAGCGGUUUCCACGCGAGAGUAUCAGGACCGUGCUGGUCUUGGUCUUUCUUCUUUUCUAUCAUCCUGUCCCUUUUUCCCCCUCUCUUGCUUUCUUCCGGUGCUGAACCCAUUGGUAAUUUCUUCUCUGUUUACUAUUGCGGUUUGACUUCGGCACGAAUUUUUGCACUUGAAAGUGUUACUUUACAUACAUACCCAUGAGAGUUUUGAUGGCUGGUGUAACCGACGAAUGUGUGUAAGCAGAAAUGGGCGAGUUGUGGGUUUGG